GCUGUUCAAGCAGACAAUCAGGCUUGGGUUUUUUGGUUGGACAUCCGUCUCAAAACAUGCGACUUGCAAGUUGCCUCUUCAAGUGUGCACCCACCAAAAUUCCAAAAUUCGCCCCGCACUAAGUAAUCCAUACCCAAAAUUUCGACGGUCGAGAUUCUUUCCCGCUGCAACAGCACCCUCAAACACGCUCAAAUCUAGCGAAAAUGGCAGCCCCAAGAAAGCACGACUGGGCGGACGACGACGAGCUCGAGGAGACGACGGCCGACCUUCCGCCGAUCCAGAAGAUAGAGAACAAGGACGGUACCUGGACGAUCAUCGAAUAUCGGUACAAUGACCAGGGUCAGAAGGUCAAGGUCACACGUCGUGUGCGCAAUGUUACCCGGCGCGAAGUCAUCAACCCCCGCGUGGCGGAAAGGAGGACUUGGAAGAAGUUUGGGGAUAGCGCCAAUGACGCUCCCGGCCCCAAUCCGAACACCACGACAGUAGCCGAGAACAUCAUCUUCACGCCGUCAGUGAACUGGCGGAAGGAGGCCAAGAAUGAAGCCAACGACCCCAACGCCCAAGCGAUGAAAGACAAGCUCCGGGACAAGAAAGUCAAGUGCCGUAUCUGCAACGGCGAGCAUUUCACUGCCCGCUGCCCGUACAAGGACACAAUGGCGCCGAUUGGCGAGGCUGGUGCGGCCGACCCCGCAGCUGGCAUGGGCGAUGAUCUUGCAGCUCCAGGUGCCGCUGUAGGUGCCGCCGGCGCCGGCAAGAAGGGCUCGUACGUGCCGCCCGCGCUACGUGGCGACCGGGCCGGCGCCGGUGCCGGCGAGCGGAUGGGAGGCAAAUACGGCGAGCGGGACGACCUUGCGACCCUCCGGGUUACAAACGUUUCCGAAAUGGCCGAGGAGCAAGAAUUGCGCGACAUGUUCGAACGGUUCGGUCGCGUUACCCGGGUGUUCCUUGCAAAGGACCGCGACACUGGACUGGCGAAGGGCUUUGCGUUCAUCAGCUACGCGGAUCGGAACGAUGCCGUCAAAGCUUGCAACAAGAUGGAUGGCUUCGGUUUCCGGCAUUUGAUUCUGAGGGUAGAGUUUGCUAAGAAAGCCCAGUGAAGGGGGCCUGAGAUGAGGUGGGACGAGGUUUAGGUUGGUGAGCAUGGGAACCAGACUGGGAAAUCAAAAGCGGUUCCAUUCUUGUGGGCUGGAUCACGGUCAGGGUCGGUAUAUCUCACUUCUUGUUGCGCAGGGGCUGGGUAUGGGUUAUCUAAAGAGACAAUCGAGACGAAUCCCAACGCCGCAAUCUCCAAUCUCUCAAAUUGCUCUUGACCGCGGGGCCAUGCGGUAAUCCGGGGAAUAUAACACAGCCAGAAACACUCCUCAAUCCGACGAACCCCUCUCCCAUCCGAAUGGGAAGAUCAUCCGGCCAUGGC